CGUAAAAACAAGGCGUCGAACGCAACCGAAAACAAGUACUAGCAGUGCUAGCUAGCACUCAAAUUUUGUUUUCCGACUUCUGUUCAAAUCAAAGCGUUGCGUUGACAUCGAAGCAUUGUACCUGUUCCCUUGCUCCAGCUAACUAGCUGGGGUUGCUGUGAGCCUGUUCCUGAUUGGCCCACGGGCAACCAUGUCCCACAACCCAUACGACCUGUUUGCGGCUCUUAGAAGGCAGAGGACGAGAGACCCCCGUAGCUCGUUCCCUGGCGAAAGUCUUCCGGAUGGCAGCGUGAUUCCCACGUUGGCACCCAACUACCGUCCAAGACUCAACGCUGGUGUAGACAUUUAUGCUUCAGAACUAAACGAUCGCGGGCAAGACUUCCUUUCCUUGGGUGCGGCACCGAGGUCUUCCCAAAACAUCAACAGACGCUCUGACGUAGCCGAUAGCUCCGCCAGUCACUUGUCCAACUAUGGCCGAACUUCUGCUGCCGCCGCCUCGUCAAGCUAUUAUCAACCGUCUUCAUCAGGAGGACGUUCUUUGCUCGCUGUGUCCAUUGAGGAGGAUCGCGACAUCCGCUCCGGUCCAAGCCUACGUUACGGUAAGCCUGACAUGGACCGAGCUGAAGCCUCGCAACCCAAAUAUACACCUGAGUCAGCCGUCGACGUCCUUGUGCAGUUUGGACUUGAAAAGGAAGACUUGGAACAUCUCAUCUCCUACCCCGAAGACCAGAUCACCCCAGAGACCUUGCCCUUCAUCUUGCGCCAAAUCCGCAUUCAGAAGGCUAAAAAGGCCUCUGACGGCAAUCGUUCCAAACCCUCGCGUGAACCGGCCCCCGAGCGAAGCCAUGCUAGUGGGGACAGUUGGAGAGGGCCUGGACUGGCACAAAAGGACACCCCGUCUCCUCUUCUCCAAACAAGUAAAGUCAUAGACUAUGGACAUAUGAGCAAAUAUGCUGGCAAUAUGGAGGAGGAGGUUCAGGGCAGGGCAAAAAGAGCUGAGGGUGACAAUUUGCUGACAAUGGACAAUUUGGACAGAAGAGGUAGCGGUCAAGACCUGGUGCAGCAGGUUGGAAGAAGCUCUAGCUUGGCAACUUCUUCCCUGGAUCGACAGAUGAGUCCCAGCUCUUACUUUAGCUCUCUCCUGAUGCCUACCCCUCUCGAAGGUCGCGAUCCGGGUAAACCAGCGCCGGCUAUUGCGCAGUCCAUUUUCCCCUCUUUCUCUUUACCGAAACAGGACACGGAUCUUCGAGGCAUGAAACCUCAAGCCCCGAAAUCCAGUGGUUUUGAACAAGUACCGGCUGUGCUUAAGCCCAUCUUAAAGCCACAACCACAACAAAAGAUUCUACAUCGCGUCCAUCCAAGCAGACCUGAUCUCGUGGUCCUCGGAGGAGAUUUCAGCGGCAGUGACCAGUUCCAAAAUAUAGCUCCAGCGGGUGAUGAGAAGUCCAAGAAGCAGCAGGUGCCUUCACGGUGGGAGAAUAUCAAGGAAGAGCAGUCACAAAAGAAGCCGCCCUCACAGAAACCACCAGAGAUCAAGAAGACGCAGGAGACCACCAAGGCUAAGCAGCAGCCGCCGAGCAAGACGCAGCCGCCGAGCAAGACGCAGCCGCCGAGCAAGACACUGCCGCCGAGCAAGCCGCAGGCCUUGUUGCAGAUCCCAGUGUUUGCCCCAACGACAAGGCCGCAGUUUCACCCCGUACCGAGAACUUUAGCUAUCCCCAGCCUCCUAAACUUGACACCACGUCCGUUGGGCAUCCCGGGUCCGAGUUCCGGCGUCCCGGGUCCGAGUUCCGGCGUCCCGCAUCCCCAAAAACCGGCGCAGGUGAAGGUCGGCACGAGUUUGCCGAAGGCAAACCUGAUGCGGGACUAUGCGGCAGCCACGCCAAGGGUCUUUCCACACUUGUGUUCUCUGUGUAACAAAGAGUGCGUCCAUUUAAAGGAUUGGCUCACUCAUCAGAACACCAACUUUCACCUUGAGAACUGCAAAGUCCUCCGAAAGCGAUAUCCAGAAUGGAAUGGGGAGGUGGUGAAUUCUUGCGACGAUACGCCAAACAUUGCGGCGCCCACACCAGAGUCCAAAAGUAAGGAACCUCAUCGUGGAUCCCGCUCAUCUUCCCGCUCUGUCAGUCCCCGCCGCCGCCGCAGCUCAGAACCUCAAAAAGAGAAGAGGACGCGGAAGAGGACCCGAUCACGCUCGCCUCAGAGCUCCAGACACCAACGCAGGUCUCGUACUUUCUCCUCGAUUUCAUCCGAUUCUCGUCAUUCGCGUUCGAGGAGCUAUGAGAGAAGCGCUUCGCGGCGAAGCCGGGAGAGACACUCGCCUUCGAGAAGAAGCGAUGAAAGGCGGUCCUCCACGCGGAGGAGGUCCUCGUCGCGGAGUCGCCGCGAUAGGCGCUCGUCACCCAAGAGAAGCCGCGAGAGACGGUCACCCGCCAAGAGAAGCCGUGAAUCGAGCGCUACGUCGCAGAACAGUCAAAAUAUGUCGACCAAAGCUGACAUACUUGCAAAGAAACUCAUGAAAACAUCAGUUGUCCAAUCUCUGUCAAAGCAGACCGACUUGGAGGCGAUGGUCAAAACUCUGGCUCCUGCCUUGUUGGCAGAACUAGCCAAGAUGAAGUCAACCUCUUCCAAAGCAAGUGCUUCUGCAGCAUCCGAAGCCUCUUCCUCCUCCUCUCCAGCCAACAAAAAGCCAGUGGAUGACAAAACAACCUCUGACGAGCAGAAAUUGUCCUCCGCAAAGUCAGUCAAAACCUCAGUCCCAACGUUUGUGACACUGACUGGAAUUUCCAAGUCUCUCACCCACAAAGACGUUGUGACUGCUGUUGAGGUGUACGGAAAAACCAAAUCCGUCGUCCUGUUUCGCAGCCAAUUGCAGGCCAUUGUGUGUUUUGAGAGAAAGGAAGACGCAGACAAAAUCCGGAAAGAAAGCAACAUCAUCAUUAAAGGUUUAGAAGUCAUUGUUCAGGAAGAAAAGGAGGGUGUCCCAAGUGAACAAAAGCACAAUCCUCAGAAGAAACUCCCUUCGUUGACCAAAGCUUCUAAGACACAAACAUCAAAAAGUACCUCCCCCGCUCAGGUUAAAGCGAAGACUGUGACAGUGAAAAAGGUUCCUGUGAAGGCUAAAUUAAGCCCCACCGGCAAAGACCAUAGUGAAGCACCAAAAGCCAAAUUGACCAAAGCGAACACACCAGAAGAUGCUACCAGUACGAAGGUCAACACUCCAGACAAGAAGCUAGACGUGGUAGCUAAGACAACAAAAGUGGCUAAAACUUCGAAAAAAGCGGAUGUAAAUGUGACUGUCGCUGAAAAAGCAGUAGCGCCACAGAAAAAUCCUGACCCGACAAUCACCAUAGGAGAGAGGAUGUGCGAAUUUCUGCUUCCGGACAAGAUCGCGGCACUCCUUGAAGACAGAGUAGACAAGUAUGACGGGAAGACACGGCUGUUAAUCUCCAGUCUGCCUGCUGAUCAGCACAGCUACUGCGUGCAAGACAUUAUUCAAUUACUCGAGCCAUUUGGUCCCUCAGCAGAUAAGAUCUAUGUUCUUCCUCAAUCAAGGAUGGCAUUCGUUGAGCUGGUUGAAAAGCAGUCAGUGCUCGCUGCCAUGAAUGCCUGGAAAACCACGAAACCGACUCUCAAAAACAAGAAGUUGGACGUGGGUGUCCUGAAAGACAAUAUCCCCAUGUCUCCGAAAAACUUCUACGUGUGGUUGAUGAGGAUGAUGGAUUAUCUGGUGAAGGAAAGACACUCAAGAAUCAUCUUCAUCAAAGGCAUCACACUGGGCGAGACGGCCACUCUCCGUCGAGCUCUUUGGAAGAUUGGCGGUGUCAAAAAUUUUCUGCCGCUCCACAACAAGGUCUUUGUAGAAUUUGAGAAUGAUAAAUAUGCUGAUUGCUUGGGAGUUUGGUACACCUUUCACAAUCAAUGUCCGGCUUAUCAGAUAAGCAGGCUGAGAUUGCCUAAAGUAUCAUCAACGCAAAGUCCACAAACGUUUCCUGUUGAAGCCAUGCCUAAAGUGGCAUUUGCCGGGGCAACUGUUGAGACCGCUAAAUUUGGCAUCCCUGAAGGCACAAUCUCCCCAUUUUUCCGGACAAUGAGGACAGCCCCCUAUCUGUUUUCCACCAGUUCGCCGUGGUUUAUAAUCCCCAAGUUCCUGACCGUCAAAACAGAAGACAACAUCAAAGAGGCCAUUCAGCGUGGCGCGCCGUCAACAGUCAUGUUGACAAAUUUGCCUCGACACGGUUUCCGACUCGAAGAUGUAGCCACGCUUGCGUGGCCGUAUUUUUCUCAGAAGGACCUUCGGUCUCUGUACUACAAUGUGAUUGCGUUGCCGCUCCAGGGGAGGGCCUUUGUGCAUUUUAGUGAUUGGGUUGCGUGCGGCAACUUCGUCCGCUCCCACUUGAAGGGCCCUGAAUUUAAGUUGAAGGGCCAAAAGCUCGGGGUGCACUUUGUCAUGGAGCACAUGACUGCUCAAAACAGCGAGGAGAACAUGUACAUGUCACUGAUGCAGCUGAGCAAUUCUAGCAUUGGUGAGGUGGAGUCCCUGGUCAAGCGCCUGCUUUGUGUGGAGACCCCACAGUUGCAUCCAGGUGCCCUUCUGUCUCUUCUACAGUUUGUCUCCAGCCAUGCAGAGUUUGUCAACUUCCUACCAUUGGCCAACCGGAUAUGCAUCGAGAUGGCCGACUCAGUGGGACUUGCACGUGUGCUGGAGAAUGCCAGUCAGUUUACAACAACAACAUUCCAGAAAAACCCUUACUCAAAUGUGGUUUCCAUUAAACCAAGUUGUAGAAUUCAAAGGUUUGAGAGCAUUGAAAGCCUGAACCGGCGCCUUCAGGAUCCACAUGUGAUUACACUGGGUCCAAAGAAGGACAGUAACGUCAGCAGCAUUAAGACCAGCCCAACGGCUGUGGAAAAACCGAUGAUGGUUCCUACACUUACUGCCGCUCCACCAGUUGACUCUAAACAACCCGAAAAGGAGCUUGUGACAGAGUCGCAGGAGGUAGCCACUCCAUCAGUUGACUCUGAACAACCCAAAAAGGAGCUCGUGACAGAAUCGCAGGAGGUAGCCACUCCAUCAGUUGACUCUAAACAACCCACAAAAGAGCUCGUGACAGAGUCGCAGGAGGUAGUCGCUCCAUCAGUUGACUCCGAACAACCCACAAGGGAGCUAGUAACUGACUCGCAGGCGGUAGUCAUUACAUCAGUUGACUCUGAACAACCCACAAAGGGGCUCAUAACAGAGUCACAAGAGAUAGCCGCUCCCUCAGUUGACUCUGAGCAACCCACAAAGUCGUGUGUGACAGAGUCGCAGGAUGUAGUCUCUCCAUCAGUUGACUCUAAACAACCCAUUAAGGGUCUAGUGAUACAGUCGCAGGAGGUAGUUGCUCCAUCAGUUGAAUCUGAACAACCACCAAAGGGACUCGUGACAAAGUCGCUGGAGGUAGUCGCUCCAUCAGUUGACUCUGAACAACCCACAAAAGGGCUCGUGGCACAGUCACAGGAGGUUGAAAUGGCGGCUGAAGAGCAUUGUCAGAAAACAGAAUCUUCAGUUGAUGGGGAGCCCACUGCCAUUCCUGAGGUUCAGGACGAUAAAGACGAUUUGGUGAAGGUGGAAAAUGUGACACUGUCAGCUUCAACUUGUGCUGACAGUGAGACCCUUCUGCCUACGGUUGGCAGUCACGACGAGACACUCAUACAGCGGAAAGAGGCUCUCCCUGUUCAAGAUGAAACCCUUCUGAAAAGUGAUGACACAUCGGUCCCCUGUAAAGAAUCCCUUGUGAAAAGUCAGGACGUAUUGGUGGAAAACGAAAACGUUCCAUUAAAUGCUGCUCUUGGUGACCAGCAACCUUUCAACAUUGAUGAUUUUGUCACAGUUGAUGAAGUUGGUGAACAAGAGGAAAGCAGUGGUGGAGCCUCCUCUCGUUCCAAGAAACCUUCUUCCAUGCGUGAUUCUAAACAGAACAAAACGAGAGCCUCAAAAGAGUCUAGGAGCUCUAAGUCAUCCUCUCCGGCCUCCUCAAGGACCACCAGAAGCUCAUCAAGAAGGAGCCACUCUUCUGGGACUGUGUCUUUACCUGUUAGAGACUCCACUAGAGCCCAAAGUAAAGCCAAAAAAUCAAAGGAUUCAUCCCAUAGAUCACAGCUGUCUCCCACUACUUGUGAAGAAGAUAAUUUGUUGACAAUGGCUAGCGACGAAACCUUUCAGGUGUUGGAUAGUGUGGGUGAUGAUCAGAAACCUCUUCCGGACGAGAAAUUCGAUGUAUCGGAAGACGGCCCUACUAAGCUUAAAGAAGCUCCUAAUCUGGAAAACGUCAGUCAGGUUGAAAUAGAGCAGAUUCCACCAGUUGAUGCGCCGAAACCUGAAGAGCAAAAUGACAGCCAAACAGAAAUGGAGAUGGCUGACUUGAAGGAAUAUGUAGACAAAGAGCAGAUGGCAGAAUCCCACUCGGCAAAACAGGACACAUUUGAGGAUCAACCCUCAGACAGUCAAGUCAGAGAAACCAAAGAAGACCCCUCGGAAAAUGAAGACAAAGGGGAAGAAGCAGAAGCAUAUCAGGUGAUUGAUUCUGUGGAAGAUCAGCCAGCUUCUACUGAUAUUGAGCAGAGUGUCCCAGAAGCAUCAAAGAGUAAAGAGUCUUCAAAGAAGCAGGAGGACACCAAUGCCAAAACUCCUGACCCUGAGAAGUACCUCGUGGUGGAUUCUGUACAAGCGGACGAUUCUAGCAACGCUCCCUCGUCUGGUAGAAGGCGUAGCACCCGGGGAAAGACACAAGAGAGAACUACCGAAAUAGUUGUGAAGGACGAGAACCCCCCUUUCCAAGUUCUAGCCUCUGUAGAAGAUGAUGCGGGCGUCACCACGAGAGCUUCCAGAAAACGGGGAAGGCCAUCUAAGAAAGACACAGCAAGCGAAGAAGAAAAAACAGUCUCGAGAACGAAACCUCCUUCGAGAACAUCACCUGAAACUGCCAAGGAAAAAGCACCAAUCAAGAAGACAGAGAUUGUCGUCAAAGAGGAACCUCCCGAAGAGGUCCUGGACCACGUUAAGGUUCCGGCUACAAAACGAAAAGGAAAAAGGGGAAGACCAAAGAAUGAUGCAAAAAGGAUGAAAAUAGAAAAAAAGGACACUGCUGAUGAUGAAGAAGAAGCAGCUACAUUUGAAGUACUGGACUCUUUGGAGGAUGAGACUGGCCAGGAUCUGGCAUCUACCGUGGAGACACAGAGUAGUCCAAAAACGGAAGACGUCACCAAGAGGAUGUCUCCCGUAAAGCUAGAGGAUGAAGAGGAUGCGACAUAUGAAGUGGUUGAUUCUUUGGAAGAAGAUCAGACUCUAGAAGAAGUGUGUGCCGAAGAAGUUUGUGGGUCAGAAAAGACGGGAGAACCACAAACUGAAUUGGAAGUCGAAGCAACGAGAUGUGAAACGGUUGACGUCAAAGAGCCUUCCCAAACGGAGACCGAAACGCAACAACAGUCCCCUCAACCUCUACCACACGCCGAGACAUCCCUUGUGACCAGCGCUCUAUCACUGGAACAAGUGAGUGACGAAGAAGAGAACUUCUCUGACGACGAAAAACCUGAGAAGCCAGAAAAGUCGAAAGGACGAGCCGAGAAGGAACGGAAGAAGAGCCGGCGGCGGGAGCCGAGCAAAUCCAGCAGGCGUCGGUCCAGAGGAAGUGAAGGUGCGGAAGAGCGUGUCACUCCGCACCAAGAGGAGGCCAAAGACAAGCGGGCACCUGACAACACAAAGGCAACAUUAGAGGGUGAUGUCUCAGAGGAGGAAUUCACUUUGGUCACUUUGGAUGAGAUUGUGUUGGAGCAGGAAGAGGCAAUGGGGCAGCAUCCACCCAGCGACGGAGAACAAUUAGAGGACUGUUUGAACCCAGAGACCCUGCUGACUUUAGAUGAAACGGGUGAUGAUGAUGAAGAGGAGGAGAAAGAUGGAAGUGUUCGGACCUCCUCGUCUGUUAAACGUAAAUUUAGUGACGACACAGGGGACAGCACAAUCAUGGAGACAUUGGAACACAUCGAAGAGAACCUCUCGAUAAGCCGUGACAAGAAGCGACUCCGACCAGCUUCUGACAAAACGAGCCAAGACGGGACAGAAGCAGCAGUUUCAUGCCACGCUCCAACAGAGGAGGAAGAAGUGGCGUCUGAUGGCCAGCGUGUAGAAGAUUGUACAACCUUGGUGACAUUGGACCAGGUGGGACAUGUUGAAGAGGACGUCUUGACAUGGGACAUUGAAAAGCAAAGCCAUGAGGGAAUUUUGACCAGUGAAGACCAAAGCAACGCAGAAGCAGAAGCCUGUCGUGACGUUAGUAAGACUCUGGAGGACAACGAGAAGCAGGGGGAAGCUUCGUCUGCUGGAGAGCACACGCAAGGUACCUCGACCAGAGCUGACCAAGACUCAACUGAAGCAGAAGUCUCAUGUGAUGCUCCCUCGCUGCCGAGUAUCCACCCAAAAGAAAAUGCAUCCGCUGAACUGCACGUGGAAGAGGACACCACAUCUUUGGUGACCCUGGAUCAGGUGGGACACGUCGAAGAAGACCUCCUGAGGCACGUCAUCGAGCCGCAACGCCAACCAGAUCACGAGGAGACCUCGACCAGGGUGGACCAGAAAAAGACAGAAGACGCUCCUCUGGAGGACAUGGAGGAAGCUUCGUGUGCUGGACAGCGCUCGCCAACUUCUCUGCAACAACUGGAUGAAGAUGAACACGUGGGAGAGCCUGUUUCACCAGCAGCGAAACGAUCCCGUUCCGAGUCUCCGUUUCGCCCUGGUGCUACUGUCCUCCCGCCAUUUAAACCCAACAACCCCCUUGGUACCGAGUUUGUUGUCCCAAAAUUGGGUUUUUUCUGCAAUCUCUGUUCCAUCUUUUACCUGAAAGAGAGUACGGCCAAAGAGAACCACUGCAGCAGCAGGAAGCACUAUAACAACUUGAAGAAACAUUACAGCAACCGUUAAAAGGAUUCAAGCGCAUCCACUUUGGACUGAGAUGAUUUCCCUAGCAAUGUUUAGUCAUUUUUAAACGGACCAGGGUUCUUUUUCCUCAGAUAGUCCGGAUCUCGGUCCGCUUUAAGCGCACCCUGCUUCGCUUGUGAAUGCAAGCGAAUCAGGGUGUGCUUAUUAUGUCCACGCUCCCUCUUCUCGCAGGAGGGUGGUAUUUCCUCUUCUAAAUUUAUCCUAUCAAUGAGUGCGACUUUCGUCCACUUGACUCUACUCUGAAAGUUCGGUUGCCGCAGUGUGAACGCUGAACCUUUUCAACAAAUCAUUUGCAAGUGUUGUUGCUCUCCAACCGGACCCUGGUCCUCUUGGUGUAAUGUGAAAGUGCCCUCAAAUGUUUCAAGGUUUCUUCAGACAUAUUGUUUUUUGUGGAUACAUUUUAGGAUGGACGGAUGUAGUGGUGUAUUAAAUGGUUAACAAAGUAAAAUCAUUU